GCGGCCAGCUGAUCGCGCCGGCUGCAGCCCGCGGGCCCCUCGCAUUGUGCAGCUCCGGUGCUCCGAGUGGACUCCAGAAAGUCUGGAAAGCCAUCAUGGCAGCCAGGCCCAAGCUGCACUACCCCAACGGAAGAGGCCGCAUGGAAUCCGUGCGAUGGGUGCUGGCCGCAGCCGGAGUCGAGUUUGAUGAAGAAUUUUUGGAAACAAAAGAACAGUUGCAAAAGCUGCAGGAUGGCAAUCACCUCCUGUUCCAGCAAGUGCCCAUGGUUGAAAUUGAUGGGAUGAAGUUGGUACAGACACGCAGCAUCCUCCAUUACAUAGCAGAAAAGCACCAGCUCUUUGGCAAGGACCUCAAGGAGAAAACCCUGAUUGACAUGUACGUGGAGGGGACGCUGGAUCUGCUGGAGCUGAUUAUCAUGCAUCCUUUCUUGAAACCACAGGACCAGCAAAAGGAAGUGAUGAACAUGGCUCAGAAAGCCAUCCUCAGGUACUUUCCUGUGUUUGAAAAGGUUUUAAGGGACCACGGACAAAAGUUUCUUGUUGGCAACCAGCUGAGCCUUGCUGAUGUGAUUCUACUCCAGACCAUUUUGGCUCUAGAAGAGAAAAUUCCCAAUAUUCUAUCUACAUUUCCUUUCCUCCAGGAGUUCAGUGUGAAAAUCAGUAACAUCCCUACAAUCAAGAAAUUCCUUGAACCUGGCAGCAAGAAGAAGCCUCCCCCUGAUGAAAUCUACGUGAGAACAGUGUACAACAUCUUCACGCCCUAAACCAGCACACCUGUCUGUGGCUGAGAGCUUGUCCCUAGCCAUGAACUGUGUUCAUGAUACCUUAACUGAUCCCACCUCUUUCCUGGUGCUGUGUAUUGUUAGGUCUCUCAUAUCAAAGGAGAUCUUCUUUUCUAGACAUACCCGCCUUGGUUCUUGCCCAGUGAGUAAUUGUUAAGAAGACAUUUGUUGGGAACCCUCCCUGGGGGGGGCCUGGUAUGGGAGUUAGAACUGACUGUGCUGCUCAUCUCCUGCCUCCUGCCUCCUGUGAACGAGGAUGGCGAGAUCCUGUCCUCCCUAUGCUCUUCAGUCUUCACCUUGUUCUAGGCUCCUUCAGGUCUCUCCCUGCUCUCAGUGUUGUAUAACAGAGUGUCUCACUAGU